AUUCGUGCCGUGAUGUGCUGAAAUUUCUGUCGAAAUGUUCUCCUCAAGAAUAAAAAAAAUCAUGUCAGCUGUAGUGUAUGAGAAAGAGCAAGAGGAAUCAUUUAGGAAUAGAAUGUGCAAUGUACCUUUAACGCGAACUAAGAAGAAAGAAGUCAAAAACUCAUAUAAACAGCAGAUUUCAUUGAACAUAUCAAGUCCACCACCGGAAAAAUGGGACUCACCAGAUUUCAAGACUUAUAUGCCAAAAUCAGAUACUAUUGGCGAGGAAGCAAAGUUUUGUGAUUCCUAUGAAUGUUCAUCUGAUAUAUCAAGUCCACCACCAUCAGGAGAUAUUCCGGAUUUUGAGGUUUACACGCCAGAUUCCACUGUCGAUACAGAUGAUAUAAUUGAUAUCGAGGAGGAAAAAAAAACCGUGAAUGAAAAUGAGGUUAAGGAUUCCAAUUAUGAGAAAAAGAUGAUGAACCUUAUACCCCGGAGACGGGAGACAGAAUUUGAAUCUCCUAUAGACGACUCCGACACAGAUCCGACAUAUGACCCAAAACAAGAGUCUGCACGGAAGGGAAGACGUUUCCGAUCCUUGCUGACAGAUUCAUCUUCUGGAUCUUCAAGAAACAACUCCUUCAAAACGCCAUCCAUUACUGAGAAACGUGUGAAGAAACCAAUCAUCAUCCUCGAAAAUAUUCUUUUGAAAAGCGAAAUUAAAUCAAGUAGUACUACAAGUCUCGCUAAGGAAAUCGAUAGGCAUCCCUCUACCUCCAGUAAACCUUAUGAAGAAGGAAAUGAUGUUGAUAUACAAUUGGAAUCAAAAAACCUUAGCACUUCCAUUAGCGACAUCGAGCCCAGUACUUCUCACAGUACUCAAGUAAAAGAAAAAAAAAUUCAUAUUCGAAGUAUACAAGAAAACGAGAUUAUUGUUACUUUUGUGAAGACGAAGUACUCAAUUUCGCUAGACACCUCCAAAGAAACCAUUCCCAUGAGACUGAAGUGA